AUGAAUUCAAGCGUGGCAGCGAUUGUGAGGGUGGCACUGGACUCGGCCGUGUUGUGUUCUGGUGUUCACAGGCUCACUGUCAGCCUCACCCUGGAUGAAAUAGUCAAUGGUGUGAAUGGCACAGACCCAGAGCUGUGUUUCCAGGCCACCCAGGCAGCCAGGAAAAUGCUGUCCCGGGAAAGGAACCCACCCCUCAAGUUAACGGUGGAAGCAGGACUCGUCCCCAGGCUGGUGGAGUUCCUGAAGUCCUCCCUUUACCCCUGCUUGCAGUUUGAGGCAGCCUGGGCUCUGACCAACAUUGCUUCAGGGCCGUCAGAGCUGACCCGAGCUGUGGUGGAAGGGGGUGCCGUCCAGCCCUUGAUUGAGCUCCUGUCUUCCUCUGAUGUGGCUUUAUGUGAACAGGCAGUAUGGGCCCUUGGCAAUAUAGCAGGUGACUGCCCAGAGUUCAGAGACAUCGUUAUCUCAAGCAACGCCAUCCCACAUUUGCUGACCCUGGUUUUGUCACCCAUACCAAUCACGUUCCUGAGAAACAUCACAUGGACCUUGUCCAACCUGUGCCGGAACAAGAACCCGUACCCUUGUGCAAAGGCGGUGGAGCAAAUGCUGCCUAUCCUCUUAAACCUCCUGCAUCACUCUGACACUGAGGUUCUCUCGGACGCCUGCUGGGCCCUGUCCUACCUCACCGAUGGCUGCAACAAGCGCAUCGGCCAAGUGGUUGGCACAGGCGUCCUGCCUAGGCUGGUGGAGCUCAUGACCAGCUCAGAACUCAAUAUCUUGACCCCUUCUCUCCGCACGGUGGGGAACGUCGUCACGGGAACGGAUCAGCAGACCCAGAUGGCCAUUGAUGCGGGCAUGCUGAAUGUGCUGCCCCAGCUCCUAAGGCACCCCAGGUCCUCCAUCCAGAAGGAAGCGGCCUGGGCCCUGAGCAACGUGGCCGCAGGGCCCCACCAGCACAUCCAGCAGCUGAUUGGUCACGGCACGCUGCCUCCCUUAGUGGCUCUGCUGAAAAACGGAGAAUUUAAAGUCCAGAAAGAGGCUGUGUGGACGGUGGCUAACUUCACCACGGGGAGCACUGUGGACCAGCUGAUCCAACUUGUCCAGUCUGGAGUCUUGGAGCCACUGGUGAAUCUGCUCACUGUCCAAGACCCCAAAACUGUCCUCAUCAUCCUUGAUGUCAUCUCCUAUAUUCUCCAGAUAGCAGAGCAACUUUCCAGUAAGGAGAAGCUAUGUCUUCUGCUAGAAGAACUCGGAGCAGUUGAUAAAAUCGAGGCUUUACAACUUCACGAGAACCGUCAGAUUGGCCAGACUGCUUUGAGCAUUAUUGAGAGCCACUUUUUUGAGUCCCGUCCCCGGAAGAAGGCGUGCGCCCACCGCUCCCAGCAGCGGUUCUCCUCUCCCCCGCAGCGACGGGGGCGCCAGACAGCGGAAGCCGGCAGCGCACAGACCCCAGCGCCCCGCAAGCGAGAGGCAAGACGGGCGACGUAG